AUGUUGGGACCAGGUGAACUGGUUACUGACUGGAUGCAUGCGGAGAGACUUUGUUCCCACUUAGAAAUCGGCGAUUUGAUCGAGUUUCGACGUGUCGUCGGUAGUAUAAAACGGCGCAUUUAUACGCACUGGGGAGUGUUUAUUGGUUUUCACGACAAAAAAGCAUACGUUGCUCAUACAGGAACCGAUUUCGGCGAUUUUGGCAAUAGCCUUAUCAGCAAUUCCGUUGAAUCAUUGGCAACUCUUAAAGCAAAAGUGUCAUGUAGUAAUCAAAUACAGAUUCGUCGUGACGAGCUAAUAACUGUUGCCAACGGUGAUAGCUGUCGGAUAAAUAAUUCACUCGAUAAGGAGAAACGGCCGUUCCCACCAGUUAUUGUGGUUGAUCGGGCUCUACUUAUGCUUGGGAAAACUGACUACAAUCUCCUGCUAAAUAAUUGUGAACAUUUUGCGAAAUACUGCAGAUAUGGUUUGAAAGAAAGCAACCAGGCAGCGGUUGCGAAAAUCAUACUUGUAACCUCGGCAAUAUAUUGCAUGACAGGUUCGCUAGCAAUUUCAGCAGUUGCGGGCACUCUUGCUUACACGUUCAGUCGUUUGGGACAUGGCAUCAAACAGUUCGUUCCAUGCUAUCCAGAUGUGUUAUAA